UUAGAUUACAGCGCGUCCUGACGCGUACGUGUCAUCGCAGAGUUUUUGGGGUGACACAAAGGGGACACACCCUCCAGCCGCGUCUCGAUCACGCGUCCUGCUCACACAACGCGCGCGCGGCACUCCACGGAUCAGAAACACUACUUCUUUAUUGUCAGACUUCCGCAUUUCGUCUUGUCUGUUUACUAUCAGUCAGCCAUGUCCUCUUCGGCGUCUGUAGGCAGCCCGGAAUCAAUCACUGCCGUGGACUUUAUUGAGUCGCAACAAAAACUUGAAGAUGAUGCUCGCGAGGUUCUACCAUAUGAUCCGACUCACUGCACAUUCUUCGACGGACCGCUGCGUCAACCGGUGUACGCAUGCCUGACGUGUAUCGCGAAGAGCAAGGGGGUGGAUGCCAGUGGCGUCUGCUACAGCUGCAGCAUCCAGUGCCAUUCUGACCAUGACCUCAUCGAGUUGUUCAAUAAACGGAAUUUCACUUGUGAUUGCGGAACUACACGGAUGAGCGCGUUUGGCGGGUGCAACUUGCGCAAGAAUUUCGAUGGGCUUGAUAUACCGUCCAGCAGCAAUCGAUAUGAUCAUAACUUCAAAGGCAGAUUCUGCUCUUGUGAUUCGGCAUAUGAUCCUGAAACCGAGCGAGGGACGAUGUAUCAGUGUUUGUUAGGCGACGUCUGCAACGAAGACUGGUACCACGAGGAGUGCAUUAUGGGUCUCCCUUUCCCGCCUGCUCAUAAAACACAACCGGGUCUCACUGAAGAUCAAAAACCGGUGAUGCCUCCGUCUCCCAAGGGACACCCAACCAAGGUCGUCAUAGAAGCUCCAAACGAGGAAGAGGAUGAGACCGACUCUCCAACAAAGCCUCCUGCUGCUUCCGCAGCACCCGAGGCAACAACCGACACCGCCACUCCUGCCAAAAAGAAGGAGCCAGCGCCACCAAAGGGUCAUCCGACGGGCGUCAAUCUGUUGCCAGAGCUUGUGGGCGAUCUGAGUGGUUCGGCGGCCGAUUUACAAGGCGCAGCCGAUAGCGAUGAGGAAGAAGACGAGCAUGUGGCGCCGCCUGGGUUUCCGGACGAUGAUGACUUUGAGGCGUUUAUUUGCUGGAAAUGCGUUUCGAAACACAGGGCAUUCUUGGGAAGAUGGGCGGGUAUGAAGGGUGUUGCGCUUGAAGCUGUGGUUCGGAAACAGCCGGAGGAGAUGAGUUCAGUGAUACACAGCCGAGAUGUUUUGAAAGCAGCUGCUUCUGAGUUGAAGAGGCACUUGGAGGAUUCAGAGGCAAUCGUGCCGUCCGCCAAACGGCCAUCGGUCGAGAAAGAGAAAGAUGAGCUCGCAAAGUCAACUUCGUCAGUGUCUUCUUCAUCGACGUCGUCGUCAGUGUCUCAGGGUGCUAACUCAUCCAUGACCUCAAGAGUUUCCGUGUCUUUGAAUUCCAUAGAUGAGGACCACGAGACCGGUGCGUGCAAGCUACCCACCGAGGUUCCGCAGGACAAGGAGUUUUCUUUGUUUCUGUGCCCAGAUUGGAGGGAGAAGAUCUGCAGAUGCGAGGAGUGCUUGAAGUUUCUGGACCGGUUCCCGAUGCUGAAGGAUGAGGAGGUAACUUAUGAGCCGCCACAGGAUGAAGACGAGACUUCAUCACUUUUAGAUGCUGGGGCGCGAGCAUUGAACUCGAUGCCGCGCGUCAACGCUAUGGAGGGAAUCUACGCAUACGAAAAAGUCAAGAGCAAGCUCUCGAGCUUUUUGAAGCCGUUCGCAGAGGACGGACGGAUUGUUUCAGAGGAGGACGUGAAGGCUUUUUUGAGAAGAUCAAGAAUACCUAGAGCGGGCGUUCUUGCAGUGAUGUUGUGCUUAUUUUCUACUUUCCUGCUGCUUGUCUUUCUAUUUUGUUUUUGUUUGUGUGCUUUGCUGGAAUAAGGAGUUCCGAGGUUCUUAUUUUUUCUACGCGUAAAUCAGCAUUAAAUGACAUGUUUUUGAAAUCAUCAGAUGAGCACGG